AGUGGGGAGAGCACCUUGUGGGGAGUCGGAGUUUUCACGCUGGUGUUUUUUGGGGUUCUUACUCUGGCUCCGUUAUGAUUUGCUGUGUGACCUUGUGGAAGUCCUUUGCUCCCCGAGUCUCCUUCCUCUGUACCAUGAGGGACUGGACAAGAUACUUUCUGGCUUCGGUACGUUGCUAUGAAGAGGGAGAAGGGGGAAAGGAAAGGGGCACAGAGGGGGUGACAUUGACGGAGAAGAUCUUGGGAAGCUAGGUCACUUCUUUGAGCCUCAGUGUCCUCAUCUGUAAAAUGGAAUUUGCUAAUAGAGGAAAAGGCAGCUCUGAAAGACGAAAGAGAAAGGAAUACGUGUGAUGACUCAGGCUAGAGCCUGCAGAACGCCGUGCGUUCCAAAGAUGUUAGUUCCCGAGAAGGUGCGGGGACGGCUUUCAUUUUAGCGCAGGGUUUUCAGAUGGAAUCGGGGAGCGAGGCUCAGGACAGGCCGGGGGCGGGGAGGAGGAGGGGGGACGUCAGCGAGGGAGGCAUUCCGGAGCCCUGCAGGUGACAUGCUGCGCCGCUGUGAGGAGUGGAGGGGGCUCUGGGGAUAGGUCAGGGCUCCCCCGAGCAUCCCCCAUCCAGACAGGACGGAGUGGACACCGGGAGGCUGCACCUCUGUCUUGUUCCAGGCUGGAUCAAUACACCAGACCCUUCGGAGAGCUCACCUCUUCCCAGCUUUUCUCACCCAGAAUCACUUCCUUUGUUUAGAGGAGGGGGUUGGGGGAGGAGACCGAGGGAGAGAAGGGAGGGGCCCGCGGGUGCCGCCCCCGCCCCCGCCCUCUCCUGUUGUGCGGAACCGGAUUGUCACUCAGCUCCCGCGCCGGGGGCGACCGAGGCGCCGGCGCCGGGAGCCAAGUCCUAGCCAGCUACCACCCCCCCAACAGGCCAGUCCUGGAUUCUCCCCGUACCUCGGAGCGAGCGGCAGCUGAAGGCGUCGAGCCGCGGGGCACUUGGGCAAUAGAGCUCGGGUAGCCAGGCGCUCUGCCAGUUUUGGUGACCUUGGGUAAGUCUGUGCCUCGGUUUCUCCCUGGCCUCCCCAGUGGGGUGCAGGAGAGCUUUGAAAGAAGCGACUGGAAUGUCUUCCUUGGGGCAGGCGGUCUGCAAGGGUCCUUGGCAGAGCUGGAGCGGGACUGGGGACAGCUAGAAGCCAGGUACCAGCAAUGUCUCAGGCCGGGCUGGGAGCGCUGCGGCGGGAGCCUGGAGGACGAUGAGCUGCGGAGCGGUGCCCAGAACCCAGCCCUGCCCGGCGCGGCUCCGGAGGUCUGGGCGGCUCCAGGUGCCCAGAACUUUGGGCACCGCCUCUGGGACCCCCUGCCAGCCAACAGGCAGGAUGAGCUCCAUCCUGGCCCUGCUGGCGAUCGCUGUGGACCGCUAUCUCCGUGUCAAGAUCCCGCUCCGGUACAAGACGGUGGUGACCCCCCGGAGGGCCGCAGUGGCCAUUGCCGGCUGCUGGAUCCUCUCCUUUGUGGUGGGCCUGACCCCUAUGUUUGGCUGGAACAACCUGAGCCAGGUGAGACAGGACUGGGUGGCAAACGGCAGUGUGGGCGAGCCUGUGAUCAAGUGUGAGUUUGAGAAGGUCAUCAGCAUGGAGUACAUGGUCUACUUCAACUUCUUCGUCUGGGUGCUGCCCCCGCUGCUCCUCAUGGUCCUCAUCUACCUGGAGGUCUUCUACCUGAUCCGCAAGCAGCUCAACAAGAAGGUGUCGGCCUCCUCCGGCGACCCGCAGAAGUACUAUGGGAAGGAGUUGAAGAUCGCCAAGUCGCUGGCCCUCAUCCUCUUCCUCUUCGCCCUCAGCUGGCUGCCCCUGCAUGUCCUGAACUGCAUCACCCUCUUCUGCCCCUCCUGCCACAAGCCCAGCAUCCUCAUCUACGUCGCCAUCUUCCUCACGCAUGGCAACUCAGCCAUGAACCCCAUAGUCUAUGCCUUCCGCAUCCACAAGUUCCGGGUAACCUUCCUUAAGAUCUGGAACGACCAUUUCCGCUGCCAGCCUGCACCCCCCAUUGAGGAGGACCUUCCGGAAGAGAGGCCAGGUGACUAGACUGCACCACCUGCCCCCACCAGCCCCUCGUCCAGUGUGUCUCAGCCUGGUUCCCACCUCCCCACUCUCCCACUGGACCCCCAGCCUUCCCCAGCUUAGCUGUGGGGUGUGGGUGCAGGGGGGAGGUGGUGCUGAAGAGAUGCCCACGGCACAGGGGCCCUUCCACAAGGAGCUAGUAAUUGCUCUGCACCUCUGGGCCCUGGAGGAAGGGCAGACCUGGGGAAGGAGCCAGGCACCCUGAGGGGAGAAGGGAGGUGGCAUAAGCCUCCCCACCUGCCUGACCCAUGAGUAGUCCCAGGCUUCAGGGCCAGGCAGGCCCCAGGGAGACUGUAAAGGAGCCAUCAGGGUGGGAAGAGGGUGCUAGGAUGUUGGUGGUGCAGCCAUGGGACCAAGCUUAAGGAGAGGAUUCCCUCUAAGAUGAAGGGAAACAGGGGAAGGUCUUGGCCUUGCUUUCUCUCUUCUUCUAUAGGAGAAGGUGGCCAGAAGCAGCUAAGGGGCAGGAGACAAGGAACUCAGUCCCUACCUCCGAGGACUCAGCUCCCCACCCUGCUGGGUGCCUACUCUCCUCACCCUGGAGGGGCCCAGAAUUGACUAGGGAGUGGCAGAAAGAGUGGGUCCAGAAAUCAUUCCAACAUUUGCUUUAUUCUCCACCAGCUCUUGGACCGUGGGUGGGUACUUGGAGUGGUGCCCAGAAGGUCCCUCCUUUAGUCCUGGGGAGUGUGGAGUGGUGGAUGUGGGCCUCAAACAUCCUCCAGGCGGCAGCACUGAGCCCUCAGUCUUGCAGUGAGUGUCCCAAGGAGGUGCCUGGAGUGUAACUACCUGCCAUCUCAGCUCCACCAGCCCAAUGAGGAGCCUGGACUGUCCUAGGGGACACAUAUCUCUGCUUCCUCUGGCCAAAUGGAGAGGAGCCUCCCAUAUGUGCCAAUCUUGGGAACAUGCUGCCUGCCUGGGGAGGGGGUGCAGGAGGGGAAGGUCUGCCUCCAGAGAUUCCCAGUGCGACCAUAGGCACCCCUAGGAUGAGGUGUGACAGACAGGCCCAGCCCAGAGGAGACCACCCUGGGAGUGUGAGUGGGGCAGUCUUGCUGGCACUUGGUGCUCCUGGCACUGAGCACAGUUUUCAGGGGCUUCUGAAGAGCGGUUGCAGAAUCUGGGCCUUUAGGACAUCUGGGGGAGGCUCACCCCACCCCCUGCAAGCCUGGAGCCUCUUGUAUACAGGAGGGUGGGGGGCCUGGUUGUCACAGUGACUGGGUUCUGAGUGUGAAUUCCAGGCCCUUUCCUCUCUCAGAGCUGGGGUCUUCCCUGGCUCCCUUGGGGGGCCGUGUGACUAAUAAAAGACUGUGAACCUUC